CGAUGAUGAAAUUAACGCCCCGAAGAAAUAAGACAAGAAAAUUCAGUGUGAGAAAAUGUGAGAUAAAAAAAAAAAAGACAAAAAAAGUCCGUCUUUUCCCACUGUCCACUUCCUUAAUGUGCUCCCCAUAGCCAUAUAUAUAUAAAGCUCCAUCACCUCUUUGUCUCUUUCAUCUCUCUUUUCACACUCUUCUCGCCGGAGGAGUUUUAGAACAACUGUAAAAAUUUUGGGCCUCCUUUUUUUUUUUUUUUUUCAAAUCAUUAGAUUUUCUUGUCUUUAUUCAUCUUUCUUAUCCAGCUUCUUCUUCUUCUUCUUGGAAGAUUCAAUCAGGAAAUACAGAUAUAAAAGUGAGUAUUCUAUACUACUGCUACAUCAUGUUACUCUGUUUUCUUUCUUUUAUAUUUCAUGUCGGUACUACUUUUUCUUCUUCACGGUUCAAUCGAAUUUUUUUUCUUAGUCAUUGAUAUCCCUUUUCUGUUCUUCAUUAUUGGUUUCCAGCUCCAAAGAAUUGCCGGAUACUGGGUCGAUUUCAACUUUCUUGGUGUUCAAUUCUAUAAAGAUUGUUCUUGCAAGAUUGAAAGUUGGAAAUCCCACUAUUGCAUCACCGCCUUCUAUCUGAUCUGAGGUAAGAACGAAUAACCCAAUUCUCAAUUCCUUUUCACGAGGAGCGCUUUCACUUUCAAAAUUUCAAACUUCGAAAGGAAUCGCCAUGGACAUCAUUGUUAUAUACUUGUUUAAUAAUUGGGUGGCGCUUUUCAACUUUUCAUUCUGGAAGAUUAUUAAAAAUUAUGGGUCAAAAAGAAAAAAAAAGCCGGGUCCUUUUUCCCAAUUUCUAAAAUCAACAUUUGUUCUGGUCUGGGUCAAGACUCAUCGAUUCUGAUUAACUUUUAGUGACUGCUUUCUUUGUUCAUUCAAUUUCCGGUAGCAGUUUUCAGCCAGUUGCUUGUGGUCCUCCUAGAAGUAGAAGUGUCAAUUUCCCGGAAGUUCCAGUUUCAGAUUUGAUACCAUUUAAUUUUUGUCCUCUCAGCUUCUUUAGGGUAAAAAUAAUUAAAAUUUUUUUCCCUGCAAUUAUUCAUGAAUCAUAUACUACAACGAUACAAUGAAUGAUGAUGAUGCCCCGAAGAACACGACCGCGUGGGUAUAGCUGGAGGUGGUGUUUUUGUCUAGUUGUUCAUACGGCAUCACAAUCUCCGGAUAUUUAUUUCUUCCUCAUUUUGUGGAUUUUAAAAUGUCUUUCACAAAGUGAAUUUCUUUCCCACGCGCGAUUCUCACGCGUGCUUGCCACGUCUCACCUAUAUUGAGCUUACUGUAUUGCUCUCAGCUGCCACGUGUCUGUUGGACAAUAGUGACACCUAGUCAUCAUGGUGGGCCUACAUGGAUUAAUUUAAUUCAACUUAAAUUAGUCAAACUGGCGCUCCCCAUUUCUUCAAUUAAUAUUGCAAAAGGCCUUUUUGAUCGGCCCAAGGAAACUUCCUCUUUGUACUGUUUGCAUCCAACUGGCCAUUUGGGGCUAUUGGGCCGGCAAAUGCCAAUUUUCCGUGAUUUGCCGCCCACCUGUUUUUCACCUAAAUUAGCAACAUUGCACUUGUUUUUCUUUUUGGUCAGAGGUUGCUGAUGCAUGCUAAAGUUUUUGGAUAAAUAAUUAUUAUAUAUUCGUAAAGUUUCUUUAUUCUUAAGUUUUUGACGCUAAUGUUAGGACUCUUUGUAGUUUGUUUUGGCAUUUGGAUGUUCAUUUCGUUUCCAUGUCUACCUUGUUCAGCAUUGGAUUCUGUAAAGAUAAAUGUAUUUUGAUCAUUUUCUUUUUCUUAGUACUUGUUGCUCUAAUAAGGCUUCAUCUUCGUAGCAGGCGAAUUACUGCGGGACUAAGCUGCUUCAUCAAGUUCUGCUAAACCAGCAUCAUGGCUACUCCCUCGGUUAAGCAGAGCAAGAUGUUGAAGAGGGCUACAUCCAAAAAGACAUAUUCCUGGUGGUGGGACAGCCAUGUUAGUCCUAAAAAUUCGAAGUGGCUGCAAGAAAAUCUUGAAGAGAUGGACCAAAAUGUCAAACGGAUGUUGAAACUCAUCGAAGAGGAUGCAGAUUCAUUCGCAAAGAGAGCUGAAAUGUAUUACCAGAAGAGACCAGAGCUGAUCAGACUUGUUGAGGAGUUCUACCGAAUGUACAGGUCUCUGGCAGAGCGGUAUGAUAAUGUUACCGGAGAACUGAGAAGAAGUAUUCCUUCGGAUCUUCAGUCACAGGGCUCCGGCAUCUCUGAUGUAAGUUCUGAACCACCUUCUUCUAUGCCCUCCCCUGAUCAAAGGCCAAGUCGGCGUAAGUCAGGUCCUCGUGCUGCUGGCUUUGAAUUCUUUCUUGGGGCUGGCAAGACUGGCACAGACGCUUCCAAUAAAGAUGGUGAUGAAACAUCAACCUUGGACUCUGAAUCAGAAUCAGAUGAUUCUUCUGUUAAUAAUUAUGCGGCUACCCAGAGCAGUGAUGAUGACCAAGGCUUGAGACGGAGGAUAAUUGAAUUGGAGGUUGAACUUCGUGAUGUCAAAGAAAAACUUCAAAUGGCACGGGAAGAGAUUUCUGAAGACUCGGAGGGAGGACCCAAAAGUGAAAAUUCUGAAAACCUCUUGGCUAAAAUUGCUGGCUAUGAAGAAGAGUUGAAAAUUUCCCGGGAGAAAAUUAGACUAUCUGAAGAACAGAUAAGCUCUUUGAAAGAUGAACUCGAAAAGUACAAGAUAAUGGAUUCCUCCAGCGGCGUGCAUGGUGAGGUUGACAUAGUGCAAGAGGGAACAAGCAUGGUAGAAACAGGUCCUGAAGUGGAGAAACAGGUUACAGACAUGCAGGACUCGGAUGAGGGUUUAGGUGCAGUUGUGGAUUCAGAAUCAGAGCACAAAAUUAAUGCUCUAGAGGAAGAAGUAAAACUUACAAAAGAGAAGCUUCUUGAUUCUGAGAAGGAAGUUGCACGCUUAACCCUGGAACUUCAGAGUAAUGGAUCAUCAAUACAAUCUUUACAGGCUCAGUUGGGAUCAGCUCAGAAGGAUAUUUCAGCGUGGAAAAUUAAAAUUGAGAAAGAGAAAAGGGAGGUUUUGAAGUUGCAGGACAGAAUAGUGAGGUAUAAAUCUAAUUUAGCAGACCGUGAUCAAGAAAUCAGGGGAUUAAGAGAAACAGUUUCCAAUGCCAACAAGAGCUUAUCCGAGGAGAACACUCAGCUUCAGGCUGAAAUUACUCGGUUGAUGAAGGAGAAAACAUAUUUGGAGGAUAAUCUCAAAGAGAUGGACCUGCGCUGUCAGUCUUUGGAAGAGGAUAUCAGGCGUGUCAAAGUUGGAAAAGCGGAGAUGGAAACUACACUUGGGGCCGAGAUCGAGCAACUGAAGGCUGAAAUCUCUGAAAAGAGUGACCACAUUGAAGAAUUGAGCAAAAACUUGGAUGCACUGAAGGCAGAAAAGGAUGCACUGGACGCGAAAAUAGCCGGGCAUGUAGCAGAAAUCAAUUCUAAAGACAUCCAUAUUGAUGAGAUGAACAAGCACCUGCACCAAUUACACAUGGAACACAUGGAGUUGAUUUCCCGGGCUGAAGGAGCAUAUAAACAAACGGAAGAGUUGGGAUCAAAAAUCAAGGAGCUAGAGCUACAAGUAGAUAGGCAGCAAGAACUGAUCCUGGAAGGAGCAGAAGAGAAAAGAGAGGCAAUAAGACAAUUAUGCUUCUCACUUGAACAUUAUAGGAACGGUUAUCACCGGCUAAGGGAAGCUGUCAUUGGACACAAGCGACAUCCAGUGAUGGCAACAUAGAUUAACAGGCCUCUUUGGUGUUGGCUUGUCUUUCUGCCGGCAAAAAUCAGGGUUUGAUUUGCCUUUUUUUUUUUUGUUUUAUCUUGUCAUGUGGGUGUUUUUUGUAUACUCCUGCUUGUUCCUGGUUUUUGUGUGUCUUCCCUGUAGUAAAAGUCCAAUGGAUAGAUAAGUAGUAGAAUGUCAUAUCAACUGAAAUCUUUGAUAUGAUUUCUUUGGGUAUUCCCUCCUGGAUUUGGGAGAGUUCAAAUCAAGCUUGGCAUUUCUUUACCUUGAUCUUGAUGUGGAAUAUCUUCGACAGAUGAGUCUUUUUCUUUGGACGGCUGUUAUCUUUCCGUCUAUGUUUUUUCCAACUUCUUAAACUUAUUCUUACAUCCAAGCCCCAAAAAUCUAUGAUAUAGACGAACUAUACAAAGAUGAGUUACCAUGUGCUGAUGCCGGGACAGAGGAAUGAAAGAAUUGACCCAAAUUGCUUCUUUUCUGGCCAUUCUUCUCAUAAGCAGUAUAGAGGUAAUCAGUUGCCAAGUGUUUGUGUAUGGUUGAGCUUAACAAAAUGUCACCAGUUGAUAUGUUGAUAUGGGUUAUCCCAUGAUCAACAGCACAAGGACUACAGUAUAGUUACAGAGCUCGUCAAAUUUUGUUAAUAGUAAUGAAUGAGCUGACCACAGGAAUAUAUUCACUCGUUGAAUUCGUGAUGAAAACGCUCAACAUAAUUACAAUAAGUUCAUUAUUCAUCAAUUAAAUCAGGUUAUCAUAUUGCUGUUAAUUUACGUGAUUUUCAUGAACCACAGUAACAAAGCCAAGCACAACUGCAUCUAAAUGUGGAAGCAAAGGCCUGGAAAAGACUUUGGAAUUCGGAAGUUUCACCUAACUACCUCCAUCAUAUUUUCCAAAAUAUGGUAUUGCAUCUGUAUGAGAUCCUGUUAGACACUGGAGAAAGCGCCGGUUCAUAAAGACCUGAAGCUUCCAUUAGCUUUUUUUUUUUAUUAUAUAUAUAUACCUGCUUCUGGAGACUUUUGAGUGUCCACUGAGAGUGGAGAAGAUAAAAGACUCCUGAGAGUUGGGGUUCAUGAAUUGAUUAACGGGUCUUGUUUUCAUCAUCAUUCAUGACCAAAUUCACUGGGCAAAAUGAGAAGAAAUACUAUACUGAAAGAAGGGAGAAUCUCAGAGCCUUCAUUUAGUGUG